ACACAGGUCUAGCUGCAGGAGUAUGGCAGGUGCUGAGGCGGCGGUGGUGGUGUCGUCUUUGCAAACAAACGCAGUCCCAGUCCCUGAAACUGUAGGUACAGCUGCAGCAACGACCGCAACCUCGCAAGCGACGGCUGCAGCCGCUGCUGUUGCGGCCGCGGCCACCACUGAAUCCGAAGCCAGGGUCUCCAAGGCCGCUAUGGCUACUAAGCUCCUGUCCCUGAGCGGCGUGUUCGCUGUGCACAAGCCCAAAGGGCCCACUUCAGCCGAGCUGCUGAAUCGGUUGAAGGAGAAGCUGCUGGCAGAAGCUGGGAUGCCUUCUCCAGAAUGGACCAAGAGAAAAAAGCAGACUUUGAAAAUUGGACAUGGAGGGACACUAGAUAGCGCAGCCCGAGGAGUUCUGGUGGUUGGAAUUGGAAGGGGAACAAAAAUGUUGACCAGUAUGUUAUCAGGGUCCAAGAGGUAUAUUGCCAUUGGAGAACUGGGGAAAGCUACUGACACACUAGAUUCUACAGGGAAAGUAACAGAAGAAAAACCUUAUGAUAAAAUAACACAAGAAGAUAUUGAAGGCAUUCUGCAGAAAUUUACUGGGAAUAUAAUGCAGGUACCCCCCCUGUAUUCUGCAUUAAAGAAAGAUGGACAGAGACUUUCAACUUUGAUGAAGAGAGGUGAGGUGGUAGAAGCAAAGCCUGCCAGGCCAGUUACCGUAUACAGUAUCUCCCUUCAAAAAUUCCAGCCACCGUUUUUCACAUUAGAUGUUGAAUGUGGAGGAGGUUUUUAUAUCAGAAGCUUGGUCAGUGACAUUGGCAAAGAACUCUCUUCCUGUGCCAAUGUACUAGAGCUGACUCGAACCAAGCAGGGACCAUUUACACUAGAAGAGCAUGCCCUCCCUGAAGACAAAUGGACGAUCGAUGACAUUGCACAGUCUCUUGAACAUUGCUCAUCUCUUCUCCCUGCAGAGAUGGCACUUAAGAAGUCAAAACCUGAGGAGUCCAAUGAGCAGGUUUUGAGCUGUGAAUAUAUAACUCUAAAUGAGACAAAGGGAGAGGAUGAUGUAAUUAAGGCAUUUUGAGAUUGGCCUGGGAGUGUCACCGUUCCUGGUUGAUGUUUGAAUCCUGUGUGCAGAUGCAGAAUGACAAGCUAUGUGGAAGAGACAACUAUUCCUAACUUUUAUUUUUUUGCAUGAUGAAAAAUGUUUAUUAUUUACAGUUUCGGUAGCAUACAAUUUAUUUGCUAUACAUUAUAAAUGAUCUUGCAAUUGUUCAGUUCUUUGCUGUACUGUGAAAUGUUCCUUUAGGAUGUUUUUAUGUUGUUAAAUAUGAAUAUGAUUGGACUCAGGAAAAUUAACUUUCUGAAUUUGAUCUUCUUCAGUCUUUUCCUGUGAAAAAGUUGAACAAAUUUUCUAAUCAAAGAAGAAAGAAAUAAUGUGCUCCAUGUGUCUUCAGUCUCAUAAAAGUGAAUGUAAUUUAGUGUUAUUUUGUCUUUAUUUAGGCUUGCUGGUGGCUCCAUUGUAUUGAAAUUCAUUACCUAUGUUUGAAAUGGCUAUUUUUGAGCUCUUGUGUUUUGGAGAGUUUAUUAUUAUUAAAAACAUGUAUUUGAUAAGACUGCACUCAUCUA